UUCAAUCGAGUCGGCUAUCUCUAGGCUAUCGUAUUUAAAUCUCAGUGCGGGCUCAAAAAAUUUUAAUCGAACUAACCGAAUAAACUAAAGAUUGGUGCAUUUCACAAAACAUUUUAAAUAAGUUACAAUGGCGGAUCCGGCCAGCAAUGAAACUGGAAGUAAUGGUGCUGCAGGGCCGCCGCCUCCGCCACCAAUGGUUACAAGUGUACCUGCAAAGAGACUACCUUCAGAGAUUCCAGAAAGAUCUAAUGAACCGCCUCUAUGUGUACAAAAUGCAAUGCUGACAAAAGACAAGAAGCCUUUCACCUACACUCCGGGUGGUAUCGAUUUGUCGCAAAUUCGAUCGCCUCGAAUGGCACGACGGAUAGUGCGAAACGCUCAAAGCGAAGGAGUGACCGAAACUCCAAAACCGUCGCCGUUGGCCGCCCAUAGCAGCGAGCCCUUGCCGCCAUCGGCACUGGCGGCAAUGCAGCCUCAAAUGCCAAUUCAAGUUUUUCCAUCCAAUCCUCCUGCACCAAGACCAAAAGCUCCAUCAAAAGCUCCACCACCUCCACCAAUUUUGAUGAGACCGUCACGUCUUCAAAAACAGCAGUCACCAGGACCGCAAGAUUCGUCUGAAAAUCCAGCGAUAAGUACUUCGCAAUCACCGCUUACACCGAAACCUCAAGUUGCUUCUAAACCUGCAAUGGUGGUUAGACCUCCACCUAUACUUCCGCCGGCUCGUAGUGCUCAGCGGACUUCAGAACAGACUCCGCGUUGGAGUCCUCCAAUUGAUCAGAAUGUAGGUUCUCUGGUAAUACCAGCCGUGCAGCAAAUGCCCAAAUUACAAUCUCCUCCUAUUCCGUGGAUGCAUCAAGGAUCAAGAAGUGCGCAACAAGAUGUUGCUCCUCCAUGGGUCAAUCGUGAGGAAAAUGACGAUGCUAAUGUGCGGCCAAGCUCCACGCAUAUUGUACCGAUGCAGGUUGAAGGAAGAGAUAAUUCACAACCGACGACUCCACAAACACCUGGAGCUAACAAACCAGGAGUUCGAGUGGUUCCAAUUAAAAUUGAAAGAUCUGAUAGAAAUACUCCACCGAAACAAAGAACACCUGAGUACGAAUAUUUAUAA